AUGGGCGACUGGAGCUUCCUGGGCAACAUCUUGGAGGAGGUGAACGAGCACUCCACCGUCAUCGGCCGCGUCUGGCUCACCGUGCUCUUCAUCUUCCGCAUCCUCAUCCUGGGCACGGCCGCGGAGUUCGUGUGGGGGGACGAGCAGUCGGACUUCGUGUGCAACACCCAGCAGCCGGGCUGCGAGAACGUGUGCUACGACCAGGCCUUCCCCAUCUCCCACAUCCGCCUCUGGGUGCUGCAGAUCAUCUUCGUGUCCACGCCCUCGCUGGUGUACGUGGGCCACGCCAUGCACCACGUCCGCAUGCAGGAGAAGCGCAAAGAGAGAGAGGUGGAGGAGCUGUGCCCGCAGCCGGGGGGCAACGGCGCCGAGAGGGGUCCCCUGGGCCCCGACCAGGGCAGCCUCAAGAAGGGCAGCAGCUGCAGCCGAAGCACCAAGCAGUUCCGGCUGGAGGGGACCCUGCUGAGGACCUACGUCUGCCACGUCAUCUUCAAGACCCUCUUUGAGGUGGGCUUCAUCGUGGGCCACUACUUCCUCUACGGGUACCACAUCCUGCCCCUGUACCGCUGCAGCCGGUGGCCCUGCCCCAAUGUGGUGGACUGCUUCGUGUCACGGCCCACGGAGAAAACCAUCUUCAUUGUCUUCAUGCUGUCCGUGGCCUCCGUGUCCCUGUUCCUCAACGUCAUGGAGAUGAGCCACCUGGGCCUCAAGAGGGUGCGUUCGGCCUUCACGAGGCCAGAGGAGCAGCCGCUGAGCGACAUCCCUGAGAAAUCGCUCCACUCCAUUGCGGUCUCCUCCAUCCAGAAGGCCAAGGGCUACCAGCUCCUGGAGGAAGAGAAGAUCGUGUCCCGUUAUUUCCCUUUGACCGAGGUCGGGAUGGUGGAGAGCAGCCCACUAGCUGACAAGCCUUUCAGCCAGUUUGAGGAGAAGAUGACCGCAGCGCCCCUGGGGGACUUGUCCCAGGUUUGCCGAGCGAAGUUGCCCUCUUAUGCUCCGGUGGAAGUGGAGGACGUAGAGCAGCCUGCAGACCAGGGCGCGGAAUCAGAGGAGAGAGCUGCGCAGGUGACCACAGAAGGGCAGGAGGCAGUUCUGGAAGGGGAGAACGCAGAGAGCUUCCCAGCGAGUGCCCAGGCCGAGAAAGAAGAGCUGCCGGCAGAAAAGGCAUCAAAGCCAGGGCCCCUCCUGUGUGCAGAGCUGGCUGCUGAUGACCCCCGAGCUCUGAGCCGGCUGAGCAAAGCCAGCAGCCGGGCCCGGUCAGAUGACCUAACUGUAUGA